AUGCCUCAUUUAACUGAAUGUUCCUACUAUGAGGUUCAAACACACCUUGAAAACCCAGCAAAGUAUCAUCUACAACAAACACAAAGGCAGCAAGUAAAACAGUACCUAACGCUUGGGACCAAAUUUUCAGCACAGGCUCUGUCAUAUUCCCACUCUCACAGCACCCAGCCAGUAGGAGUUACACCACCUGUCAGGAAUGGACAUAUGUCUCCUGUGGCUGAAAGUUGCACAGCAAAUACUACUGUGUCAAAACUAUUAACUUUGGAUUCCUGUCACGAAAACGAGAUGGAUGAAGUUAUUGAUGACAUAAUUAGUCUGGAAUCAAGUUUCAAUGAUGAUGGCGGGACUUGCACAGAAUCUACAUUGAUAAUGCCAAACAAUCAUUCCCUGUCUAAUAGUAUUUUGGAUGUUUACAAUACUGAGCAAGGCAUUUCAGGUUCAAACAUGGUGCUGUCUAAUACAUCUUGCACAGGCAGUGCUGGUGUAAAGAGAGAAGCUACAGACACAGAUACACGAGCAAUGGCCAAAGAGAGGCAGAAAAAAGACAAUCAUAACCUUAUUGAACGACGGCGACGCUACAAUAUUAACUACAGGAUUAAAGAACUUGGAACACUGAUCCCAAAGUCAAAUGAUCCUGAUAUGCGCUGGAACAAAGGAACUAUUUUAAAGGCUUCAGUGGAAUACAUCAAAUGGCUGCAAAAAGAACAACAAAGAGGCAGAGAAUUAGAACACAGACAGAAAAAAUUAGAACAGGCCAACAGGAGACUGCUGCUUCGUAUUCAGGUUGUUUAA